AUGUGGUCUGUGAAGAAGUCCAAAAAGAAGACAAUCGAGAAAGAGGUCACGGAGAUGCCAAAGACCGCAAAAGAAGCCGUGGAACGGUACGAGGAAAUGUUCGAAGGCAAACGAAUCAUUUCUGAGCGAUUUGGUGAGUUUUUUGAUAUCCAGUGCUUCUUGUUUGACAAAACCAAGCCGGCUGAAGAAAAAGAUGGAAAAUGGGUGCAGCGGAAAGUUCUAAAAGUGUGCCAGUGA